AUGGCCGAUAUUGCUAGCCUCGAGGAGGACAUCAAGCAAUACCAAGAACAGCUUGAUGUCGUAUACGCUGGUUUGAAAGAUGACCCUGGUAACGCUGAGCUUCUCGCUCUCAAGUCUGAGUUAGAUGAUGCGCUUGCGCUAUUGAACGAGACCCUUACUGAAUUGAAGCCGACCAAGGCAUCACCUCCGAAACCGAAAGCCGCAUCGCCCCCGCCAGUCCAGGAGAAAUGGUCGCGAGAGAACCAUCCAGCAUUUAAGAAGCCCGCUCCUCCCGAGGACAAAGAAGCCGAUGCCGGCCCCGUGAAUUACAAGGUCAACGACAAUAUUAUGGCGAAAUGGGUGUCUGGAGAUAAGGCUUUCUACCCCGCCCGUAUCACGUCCAUCACUGGUUCCUCUACAGCUCCCAUCUACGUUGUCAAAUUCAAGAGUUACGAUACAACGGAACAAUUGCGCGCGAAGGAUAUUCGCCCCGUAGCACAGAAGAGGAAAGCCGAUGGCACACCCGUCAACGCUGCCGGCCCGUUUUCGACCCCAUCGCAACCGUCCGCGCCCUCAACUUCAUCCAAUCCCGGCGUCAUAUCCGCCGCCGCUAGUAUCAACCCCGAGCUAGCACAGAAGAACAGGGAGGAAGCCUUGAAGAAUGCUGGCGACGCGAAGCCCAAGGCAAAGAAGAUCAAGGCGACCAAGGAGCUCGAAGCCGGCAAGAGCAAAUGGCAGGAGUUUAAUACCAAGUCGAAAUUCGCCAAGGCGCACAAGACCAAGAAGGACAGUAUGUUCCGGACGCCUGAAGGCGUCCACGGGAGAGUUGGUUUCACAGGUUCGGGGCAGGCUAUGCGAAAAGAUCCUACGAGGAGCCGCCAUAUCUACCAAGCCAAUGACGAGUUAGACUAAUACUAGCUACAGAUAGUCAUCACGCCACCACGUAUAGGAGUUGCACGGAAUUUGCAUCAUCGGGAGGGUUCAGGCUUAGGGAUGGACGUUUAUAGGCUUUGAUCCCCUUUGUCCUUGUUUUUAAAAGCUUUUAUGGAUGCUAACGUAGCCUUCCGACUAGAACGCUCUCUUAUCUAGUGAUCGGUUCUUCUGACCGAGCUCUUGAGCAUCAAUACACAGUAUUCAGAAUGGAGAGUUAUCU